AUGAAUGGGCUUGGGCCAAGGAGAUCAACCCAUUGACUAGAGGCCCAAGACCACUUCAGGGCAGCAUAGUAAAAAAAAAAAAAACACCAUAGUAAAAACAGAGAAAUCGCAAGUUUGUUACUGGAAUCGUUCAGCUAAAAACAAGCUGUUAGAUUUUCUUUUGAAGAGAUCUCAUCUUCCCCACAGGAACCAGAGGAAAGGUUAAAAAAAAAAUUACGUAACAGUGAAAAAAAAAGGUGGACGGAAAGAUGGCGUCGGCCGGAGCAGCGGGGCCGUUCUGGAGAGCGGCGGGGAUGACGUACGUGAGCUACUCGAACAAGUGCGCGAGCAUGGUGAGGAAUUGCCUCAAGGAGCCUCACCGGAGUGAAGCGCUGGAUCGGGAGAAGGUUCAUUUCUCCAUCUCCAAAUGGAUCGACGGAAAGCCCGAGAAACCUUUGAUUCGGGAGGGUACCGGUGGAGAUUGACUCGAGUUCCUUGGAAGAAUUUGAACUGGCAAUCGAAUUAAACGUUUUGUUUUAGUUUGAGAUAUUCACUUGCAAAUAAUGAUGUGAAAUGUUCUUUCAUUCAUUUACGUAGUUGCAUGUUUCUCGAUCAAUUGUGUUGGAAUUUUGUGAUUCUUUUGUUUUAUGAAAUUGAAUUUUCGGUUCUAUAAACACUACCAACCCCAGAUGAUCUAGAUCUGAAUCAAAUUUGUUCUCUUGAGUUGCUAGAAAUGAGAUCUUCAUUGUUAAACCCCAAAACAUUAAUGGUUAAAUUGAUGUUU